AUGGAGCCCGAGGUCUCGGAGCCUGAGCAGUUCUGGACUGAACUCCAAGCGAUCCUCUCCAAGUCUUGCGAUUCCGAAGACCGAAUUGACGACGCCCUGCGAGAAUAUCUGGGCCUCACAACCCAGUACAAAGGUGACAACACCCAACGUCCUUCCAAUCCCCCCCCCUCCCUACCACUGCCAUUACGGAGAGGAGGGGCUUUCUACCAUGUGGCUCUGGGUGUAGAUAGUUUCCUCCGCUCCGAAUAUGACAUCUCGCGCUGCUCUUAUAAACUCUUUGCCUCGAACAUCUUCGCCGUACACGCGGACUACGUCCGGCGGCAGAUUAUCUACGGUCUUUUACAGGUAACUCUCAACCAACGCUGCGCUCCUCCGGAAGAUGACCCGAAUACACUACAUCUGAUCGCUUCAUUUCUUCUUUUUGACGGUCGGCAGAAUGAAGCUGCCCUACAUAUGAUGAACGAAGAGGGCGUCUUCGCGCGCCUUCUCGAGCUGAUUCAAACGCUACGCAAGGAGGAAAUGGAUGACGGGGCUGGUCUCCACCGGUUAUUGAUGGAUUUAUUGUAUGAGAUGUCGAGGAUUCAGCGGGUCAAAAUCGAGGAUUUGGUGCUUGUGGAUGACGAGUUCAUUCGAUGCCUCUUCGACAUUAUUGAAGAUCUGUCUUACGAUGUGACGGAUCCCUACCACUAUCCGGUAAUUCGGGUUCUGCUAGUUCUGAACGAGCAGUUCAUGAUCUCGGCUCAUGAUCCAGUGGAUGAGGAGUCCUCAUCUAGCCGGUUGACCAACAAGGUUAUCAAGAUCUUAUCCAUGUAUGGAAGUUUGUAUAAGACCUUUGGUGAGAAUAUUAUUCUGUUAAUCAACCGCGAAGCCGAGACGUCGUUGCAGCUACUUACUCUGAAACUGCUGUAUUUGAUAUUCACUACCCCCAGCACAUACGAAUAUUUCUUCACAAAUGAUCUUCAUGUGCUGGUAGAUAUCUUGAUUCGAAACCUUCUGGACUUGCCUGAAGAGGCUUCUGCCCUACGGCACACUUAUCUACGUGUCCUUUAUCCAUUGUUAGCACACACCCAGCUACAACAGCCGCCUCACUAUAAGCGAGAUGAGAUCAGGAAGUUACUCAAUAUCCUCGUGCGGGGACAAGUAUCUUACGGAAAUGAAACCGAACAAGAGAAGAUCCUCCAUUUUGAGGAUGUUGAUGAGACUACGAGGCGACUUGUUGCGCGCUGUGCAACAGUGGACUGGCUUCGUAAUGUCGAGCAGCCUCCCUCUGCGACUUCCGCGCAGGAGACACGGACUCAGAUAGUCACCACUACGAUUGACACUGUUCUUGACCAAGCCGCUCAGCGAGAAUCACCUAUAGACAUUGAGCCAAAUGAUGUUACCCACACCCUUUUUGGUGCCAGCAGCGUUCCAGACUCCCCCGGUACCGCAUCGCCAACCAGGAUGGACUCAAUUGACUCACGUGGCUCAUCUGUGUCCCCAGAGUCUCGGCGCAAACUUAGUGCCGUCCAUCGGCUAGGCAUGAACCUCGAUUCCGCAACCUCAUCUUCGCUCAGCGUCCAAGCUGUCGCAUCCCAACACGAAAAACCCGGUAUCAUCACUCCGAGCCGCAAAGAUGGUCGUGCCGCGGCAGACCUCAUCAGUGACGCAUCCACCAUCCGCCCUCCGAAGAUCAAGCCUGAGCCCCCUAAAUCUCGCCGUUGGCGCGGCCGGCGACAAGACUUCGACGAUGAAGAUCAGCAAUCCCCCGGCACUAGCAGCGACCAUAACACCAUUCCCGAAGGUGUAGAAAUCAACUCGAGAUCUAUUCACACAGCGCCACCCACACCAGCCCCAUCAUCCCUUGCAGGCCCAGAACCAGACUCUAUCGACCGGCGCCACUCAACCACAACCUCUCAACUCGCACCCCCAGCGCCUAGUCAUGCUCGGCGCUCGGUCUCGAAUCCGCCGCCGGCCGUGCCUCCACCCCGACGUUCCGCCCAGAGUACUCCCUCAUCCAGCCACCACCGACCCGCACCCACUGCGCCCGCUCCUGGAACAGGGGUUAGCAAGCAUGGGCAAAAACCGCAGCCCCCGAAAACGCGGCGCUGGGGCCGUGGGAAGCCGCCGCAGUCGCAGCACGGGCAAACAGACUCUGUCGGAAGCGGGACCAGCAGCGGUAGCCAGCCGAAGGAGAAUGAGGUUGAGGCCGAGGCUGUAGCGCUCAGCAGUGUACCUUAUCCGACGAUCGAUACAUCACAAUGCCCAGAUGAAGACGUAGGUGCGCAGCCUGAUCCGUUCUCGCCGACAUCGCCAACGUUGCUGGUUUCGCCGGCCGAGUCGCCGGACCCUGACGGGGCGGUCAAGACGCAGCCCUUGAGUGUGGAGGAGGCAGUGCAGAAUGUAUCCUUGCAUUGA